AUCACAAGUGAGUAGUCAAGCAGUAGGAAGUCAAUCCCAACACCAAACACAGCUAUUAAUGAGCCCUUCUCUUCAGGGUGCACAGCCUAUUCUUGCCAACCAGCUAUCUGGUGCCCAGCAGUUGUUGACCAUCCCGUCGAACGGCGGUCAGCAGCAGAUUUUGACCCUUCCGAUCACCAACGCUGCAGGUCAGCAGCAGAUCCUCACCAUUCCUGUCACGUUAGCCCAAGGAGCUGGAGGGAUCCAGUUCCUUAUACCCACAGGAACAGGUGGUCAGUUCUUAGCGUCACCCAACCUUGGAGCCAUGCCCUCACAGGUUUUGCCAUCAACUCUUGCUGCCAUCCCCAGCAUAACAAGUAACACCAAUGUUGUCUCCUCAGCUGCACACUAUGCGAAAACCAGUCAGAUGACCUCAGCUACCACGCCCCUUCCUCCAGUAUCGGUACUCACUGGUCAGACGGGGUUAGGGACGCUCCCCUUACCUCAGGUUUUAAUGGGGGCGGGGGCGCAGGUGCUGUCGGUGUCAGCACCCAGCAGUUCAACAACACAUACACACCCUAAGACAAUCAGUACAACAGCAGUUCCUAGCCUAGUGACAACUCAGAAUAGUCAAGCCCUACCUUCCCUUGCAACGGUAACGCAAGGACUAAUGCGUACAUCAGCGAAUCAACUCAGCUUAUCGGCACAUGGAGCCACAACACAGUCUGUGCUUGUUUCACAAUCAUCUACCACCACCUCAAACCAGACCUCUUCCCUCUUGGCAUCUCAUAAACUGAGUAAUGCUUCAAGUGCCACUGCACUAUCACUUCAUGGACUGGCAGGUCUAAAUGCUGCCCAAGGCACGGUAAUCUCCCAUAUAGCAGCGGCCCAGGGAUCCCAGAGCAGUGUAACUCAGAUACUUCCUAGUCAGCUCGUUAGAAGCUCCGUGGUGUCCAGUCAAGCAAGUCACGUUACCCAGGUCCCUCCCGGCCAUCAGGUUGUCGUUUCCACGACGACGGCGACGAGCGCUGGCAACCAUGUAUCGACAGGAGGGCUGUCGAGUCCAGGUAGAGUGAGUAACAUGGGUAAUGCUGCUGAAGUGGACGGAAUCAACCUGGAAGAAAUCAAGGAGUUUGCCAAAGCUUUCAAGAUCAGAAGAUUAUCUCUUGGUUUAACGCAAACACAGGUUGGGCAAGCCCUUAGCCAGUCAGAAGGACCAGCUUACAGUCAAUCAGCUAUUUGUAGAUUUGAAAAGCUUGAUAUCACACCAAAGAGCGCUCAGAAGAUAAAACCAGUUUUAGAGAGGUGGAUGGCCGAAGCCGAGGAGAGGCACAAAAACGGUCUGAAUCAACUCACAGACUUCAUUGGUAGCGAACCCGUUAAAAAGCGCAAACGACGGACAUCCUUUACGCCUCAGGCUCUGGAAUACCUCAGUAGGCACUUCGAGAAGAACACGCAUCCAACCGGUGCCGAAAUGACAGCCCUCGCCCAGGAGCUUAACUACGAUAGGGAGGUCAUCAGGGUGUGGUUCUGCAACAAACGACAAGCUCUGAAAAACACAAUCAAGAAACUGAAAGCCGCCGAAGCUACCAUGAAUAAUAACUCUGAGGAGGUGGAGAGGUCGACGGUUGUUGUAGAGAGUCCUGAUCAUGUGUAAUGACCCUCUGAAAGGGAAACUACAGGGAAGACAAUCAUGGUAUUCUUAAGACUCUGGGAGAUAUUUCAGAUUGGAUGCUGUUGAACAGACGUAGAAACAUAUAGAUGGGGCAAUGAUGAACCCAAGUAUGAAGAGUCGUGAAGCUGGAUGGAAUGUGACCAAAGAAAAACUGAAAAUAGAGCUGUGCUCAUAUACGAACCUGAGACCAGAUUGACGACUGGUUCUAGAUGAAUGAGUUCUCACAUAAUAUUUUAUUUUAUUUCCUCACUUUCUACAUUCUUUUUAUUUUUUUAAACCGUGGAUCAAGAGUGCAUCUAUUCAGAAAUCAUUUGGAUAAAAUGAAAGCUGAUGAUAAUCAAGUAAUUGAGUCCUAUAUUCUGGAAUUCUUUAUUUCCAGCUGUGAUUACUGUUAUUGUUUGCAGACAAGUGCUGCCAUGAAAUUUGGAAUUGUGACUUUGAAUAUAAAUUGAUUUCAUCAGUAUCAACUUGCUGUCACAACUAAUCUAGAACCUUACUUUUGAAUGUAUGAAUUCAUCAAAUAUUUUUUUUGUUCAAGAAGGACCAAAAAGUGUAUGAUGUGAAAUUUCAGGUUUGUGUGGACGUCAUAUUACUCAGAUGGGAACUGAAUGAUGCAUCGACAGAUUAUAAAAUGAGAUUGUUUUUAAGAUUGUUACGAUAUGCUGCUUGUAUGACAGCGAUUGCUAUCGAAUGCUGGUUAAUAAUUGUCUUUUUUUUUUGUACAUCCACCGUAGGACCAAUGUUUCACACUGGAGUAGUGAAACCUUGUAACUUUUUAUUUUUUAAAUAUAUAUGGUUCUAUUGUGAGUGCUUAGUUUUUGUAAUAUUUUCCACUGGCUUGGAAAGUUGUAGAUGAGCAAUGUUUGCUUCAACAUGUAUAGAUGUGGUGCUUUGAAUGAGAAAAAAAAAUUAUGUAAAAUAUUACUGGCUUAUUUAUUGUCCUUUAAAAAAAAAAGAAAAUAGUGAACAAAAUUGUGUUGAUAAACCAACUCUUUAUGCUACUACUGUUUGUACCCUGUAGAAAAGAUUUUAUUUGUUUGUAAUUUGUGCAAUGGGCGUUAUUUAGCCAAGCUUUUUCCUUGAAAGAUAUUUUGGACAUGAAAAUCUUAAACUUAUAAUUCUGUUUCUGAAAUAGGGCAGAGAAGGAUCAUUAAUGUGGGUACACUGUAGUUCUUGUUGAAGAUCUUAAUGUUAUACUGCAUCUUUAUCUUCCAUCGGUCCUCAUCAUAGUGAUUUUGCCAUCUAAGUAUUAGCUCACACAUUAACUUUUAUAUGUGUUUUGUAAGUUUAAUUAUGAGUAUGUAGUCAAGAACACUGCACAGGAAGCUGUAGCUGGGACUACAUUAAUGGGCAUUUUACAUGUGAUAGGAUAAUUAUCAUGGCAUGAAUACUGUUUGGCUGUUUGAUCUCAAAAGAAGAGCUCUGUUUAGGGGAAAGGCUUUACUAUUGGAACUGAAAUAUAGUGAUUAUGAAUCACUCAAAUAAUGUUUGUAAUUGUGUUUUUUUUUCUCCAAAUGUCAUAAAUGAUUUGAAUCAGUCCUAUAUGAUUGUGGUAUGAUGAACUC